AUGGCAGUGAUGAGCAGCAGUUCGACGACGGGCGUCGAGUCCAAGGUGCGCUCGCUGCGCGUCGGGUCCGGUGCGCCACAGGUCGUGGUAGAUCUCUGCCGUGGGAGCUACAACUACGGCGUGGCUGGCAUGGAGGCCACAAGCGUCCGGUCGUCCCGUGCCGGAUGCAUCAACUUUCCAGGCUCCGGCCCAGCCCAUGUGGCAGCGCUGCCCCAGGAGGUGGCCGAGCUUGUAGCGAUGGUCUUUCUCAAGGCAGACACGGCCCCGUUCGACGAUCGGCUGACAGCUUCGGAGGCCACUGUGGCGGGGCUGGCGCCUUUGGUGCAGGCGGCGGAUGCGGACAAAGAUGGAUCGAUGAGUGCGGAAGAGUACGCCACCCUCCUUGUGCAUGACGUGGUGCGCCGCUCACGGAAGGACGCCUCCUUCAUGUCAGCAGCUGCCAUGGAAGCGGCUGCUGAGACCUUGGCCAUCGCAGAACUGGCAGCCAGUGGCCAAGACCCUGCUGCCGCGACUCAGGCGGCAGACGCCCAGCUGUUCUUCGGAGCCGAGUACUCCGAAGCGAAGGCGGACCCCGCCCAGGGCAUUCCUACCACAACACCAGAGCCGCAACGAGAUGCGAAUGGCAGCAUCAUUCUUGCGGGAGGUCCCAGUGGGGAGGACUUUGGAGACGUGAAGGACCCCGCACCGGUGGACGGUCUUUACGAUCCCCAGACCGGAGAAGUCAUGAUGUGCGUGAGGGGCAAAGAGUUUCAUGCUGGGCUUUGCUACGACUACUGCAACUUCGACUACACGCUGGCGACCCUCAGCAUUUGCUGGAAGGAGGAGUGCCCGUCGGGCUGGUUUGAGAUCGCUGGCGGGUUCUGCAAGAGAAACGGCUUCAACCUGGAUACCCAGCUGAUGGAAAGCUAUGACCGCGGUAUGGGCGAGUUUCCAUCGACCUGUACUUUGGGAGGCUCAUUUGGCCCGGGGAGAAUUGUUGACGAUGGAAUCCGCGACUUCACUGUCAUUUUUGUGUCGGACACCCAGCUACCCUGGUGCGGUGACAAGCCCAGGGGGAACAUGGGCUGCGCCAUAGAAGAGAACUUUCGGAUUGUGCAAGGGAUCCACGAUGUUCGCGAGCUGAAGUGGGUCGUGGGCGAGGAUUUCAACGCAUCCGACGAACAGGUUCAGGAACCUCUUGGGGUGCACAUCACAGGCGAUCUCACGGCCUUUGCGCAUCCCUACCAGUUCCAUGCCUACCGGAAGAUCUGGGAAACGCGGCCGGGAGAGGAUCCAGACAAGAACCUCAAGUUGCCCAUGUGGCCAGGCCUUGGCAACCACGACUAUGCCAACAAUCUUGGCGACUGUCUGUAUAUCGAGGAAGAGCCGACCUGGUCCGGCUACUGGCGCGCCUCCUGCGCUCAGCGCAUGAUUGCGUACAUCCGCUCUGCCGUGGCCGGGUGUGAUGGCCAGACGGUGGUGAACAAUUUCGGAGGUCAUGUUGAUCAUUACGACCGGGAGAAUGCCGGAUAUUCAGUCCGUCAUGGCCGCAUCCGUUUCGUGCACCUUCACAACUACCCCACCUAUCGCCGCGAGCUGCUGGUUGGGGUCGCCUCUACGAUGCAGCCCCUAGGCUUAAAUCGUCUUUUUUUGGUGAGUGCUGUGCUGGUCGGAGGUACGACCACUCGAUCGAAAGGCUCUCGCUGCCGAGACGAGGGUCUGUGA